UGGCUUCACAGAGUCAAGAGAAGAGUCGCUUUCUGUCCAAAGAGCGAUUCGCUCAAUUUGCAUUUCAGAACUCAAAAGUUUUUUUUUCUUUCUUUUUUUUUUUCUAGCCACCAGAUGUCAUGCUGUUUUCUACAAAGAUUUGACUCUUUUCCAUGAACAGUCAGUGGAUUUUUGAAUCACCAAAUGAAAAAAUUUUCAGCAAGACAACAACAGAUCAGAGAGUGUCAUUUUGAGAAGUCAUAUUCAGUCUAUGAAGGGAGGAGGAGCUUUACAACACUUGCAGCAGAGCUUUACUAAACCUCUUUAUUACAGACCGACAGCUUCAUUCACUUUCAAGAGUGUCAGGAGGGCUCCAUUAUUAUCACAGUUUUGUUGUGAACUGCUGAAGAAAAUGUUUAUUUUCAUCUGCUUGAUCUCAUGCUGGCUGGCUGGUGUGUUUGGUGAUGAAGUGAAGUCAGUGUCAGUGAUGGAGGGAGAUUCUGUCACUCUGAACCCUGAUCUUACUGAAAUACAGAGAAAUGAUCUGAUAAUGUGGACAUUUGAACUCGCUCUCAUAGCUAAAACCAACGGAAAAGACAAUAAGAGAGAGUUUUAUGAUGAGAGAUUCAGAGACAGACUGAAGCUGGAUCAGACUGGAUCUCUGAUCAUCACAAACACAAGAACCACAGACUCUGGACUUUAUAAAGUCACCAGCAGCAGAAGAUUGAAGCCGCUCAAUACAUUCAAUCUUACUGUCUAUGCUUGUCUGUCUGUUCCUCUCAUCAGCAGUACAUCUUCAGAGAAUCCUCCAUCAUCAUCAUCAUCAUCUUCAUCACAGCAGAAUUGUUCAUUUCUGUGUUCAGUGGUGAAUGUGAGUGAUGUGUCUCUCUCCUGGUACAAAGGAAACAGUUUAUUGUCCAGCAUCAGUGUGUCUGAUCUCAGCAGAAGUCUUUCUUUACAUCUGGAGUGUCUGGAUGAUUUCUACAGCUGUGUGGUGAACAAUCCCAUCACAAACCAGACCACACAUCUCAACACUCAACUCUGUCACACAUGUUCAGAUGUAAGUCGGAUAGCGCUGAUUUCUGCUCCUGGGUCUCUGUUGAUCAUAGCUGCAGUCGGGAUCUUCUUCAUCUGCAGGAAACACAGAAAAACAGACCAAGAAGCUGAAACAGUUGACAGUGGUGCAGAGAUCAGUUACGCGGAUCCAAUAUUCUACAAAUGCACUGAAAUCGGUUGAGGUGUAAAGAGAAGAUAAUGAGGCGAACGCUGGAUUCUCGAGACACUGACCAACUCUUGAUCAAACUGGCAUUCUGUUUUUGGUUUAGUAACUUUUUACACCCCAAACACUUUUUUUUUUUUUUUGUGAAUUUAAAUAUAUGCACAUUAAAAAGUUAACAAAAGUGAUUUCUCACGAAGGGUUUUCCCAGUUUAAACCGGAUUUCAUUGAGGUAUAGUCAUACAGGUUGCAUUCUUACUCAUUAUGGAGUCCUGAAGUGGAAAGAUGCAUUGCGUGUGAAUUGAGAAGCUGAGAAGAAAAAUGAGACAAUCACACGGUCGCAAAAGUAAAAGUGUGAACUUCAGUCCUUCAGCUCAUAUUCCAUUCUGCUCUUAGUUUGAUCUUUAAUCUCUCAUCACAACUAUUUUAACUCAUUGUUGUAUUCAUGUUUAACCUUGUGAUACAGGAUUAGAAAUAUAUAUAGCCUAGGCAAAACAUUAGAGACAACACGAAAACUACUUCUGUGUUCUCACUGCCUGAUCCUGUUUUUGAUUUGAAUUCAUAUUUGAUCAGAUCAUCAUGACUAGGAGCCCCUGUGAAAAUCAUUUCUUUGUUCAUCUGAGAUGGGUUCAUGAAAUGGUCUCCUCCCAGUAAAAUAUGUGCAAAUAAAAUACAUUCAAAACUUA